AUGAGUCCUAGCGAGAAUAUGAAUGAUGUUCAGGAAAAAAAGUAUAUCCUCAUGACUUUAAAAGAAGAAUGGGAAAAAACAGAAAAAAAUUUAGCAGCCCGGAGGAAUUUAACGAUAGCACAUCUUGUUGUAUCGAUAAUCACAAUAAUUAUUGGAGUAUUCUUACUUUUGAUUGAACAACGUAAAAAUACUGAUAAAAUUAUGAAUAUUGUGACAUCGGGCGUUACAGCUACCGGUGGCAUCCUAGCUCUCAUAAAGAUUAUUGGAGAAUAUGCUAUGUCAAAUAAAGAAAAUAUCAAAACAUUGAUUCAAGCUACUAGAACUGUCAACAACGGAGAUGUAUUUAUACCUAUGUUGAUAUCCAUAUCUGAUAAUCAUUUGAAACAAAUAAGCACUAAAGACCACAAAUUAUAUCUAGAAUUUUUAAAGCGUAUUAAUGCACUUGUUAGACGUGAAAGAGAUAUUGGUAUAUUACUCGCCAUUUUGGCGUCUUGUUACGUCAUCGUUUUAGCUACCAUCUCUAUUUUAAUCAACAUCGGUUAUGUUGAUCGUACCAGUACAGAUGCAGAUCGAUACUUGGCUUUAAGCAUCAUUUUUAUCGGAGGAGCAUGGUUUACGAAUAUAGCUUUAGCUACUUGCGAACGUUUCAUCGAGUACGCAUGCAAUAUUCAUUGGGGGGUCAUGGAUCUAGAUGACCCGAAUAAUUUGGAUAAUUUAGAUCAUUAUGAUAUCCGUUUUAAAGGAAUUUGUUGGAGAAUUGGUUUUGCAAUACUUUUUAUACCUAUGAUAUUUCUCAUCGGACCUCUGUCAAAUUAUUAUUUUUUAAUGCAAAGAAUGUACUUAAUUGAAUGGUCGAUGAAAAUUGAUAAAGUGAAAUUUUAUGGAAAUUCAGAAGAAAGGGAAAAGUGUAGAUUUAAGUUCAUAGAUCAUAUCAAUAGUUUAACUUACUUUUCAAAAGUGUUUUUAAGGCAAAAAGGUGAUCGUAAAUUCAUAAUAGAACCCAUCGAAUUAACUGAUGAUCAAAAAACACAACUUAGACGUCUUAUGUGUGGGCUAGAACUAGAGAUUAAAAAUGCUGAUGUUAUUAAUUUAAACCACAAGAAUACGUGA